AUGGGGCGGUAUCGGCGGCAGACAGGUCACCUCCAAGGCACCUUUGAACCUCCAAGGAUUCAGCCCAGUCAAAGGCCCGGCCAGUCCGGCCUGUACUCGACGCAGCCCCAGUACAAUCAACUGUCGCAACCUCCGUUUUCGACCCCGGCACUGCAGCCGCAUUGGCAUUCUGGACAACCUCGCCCAUACAGCUUUGUUGUGGCCGAAUCUCACAAUACUCCAUCGACCACAGAUGCUCUCAGCCCCGCGAGUACCCGGUCUACGCAUUCUCGCGGUAGCGUGGCGACCCCGACAAGCACAAGCUAUACUGCAGCACUGGGAUAUGUUCCGACGAUUCCUCAAGAUGCUGAUGGCACCUGCAGCCCAAGCGCCAGCCUGCCGACAUCCCAUCCCGCCGAAUAUGCCGGUAACCAACCCAUGAACCCAGCAGCGUUAGCUGUCGACCACAGGUGGGAAGCAGCCCGUGCGAUGACAGAUGCUGCUGUUGUGGGCGUCGACCCUCGCGCUUCCGUUGACGAGCUAUCUCAUUAUCCAGAUCCAGCCGGGCAACAGCGAUUCCCUGGUCAGAACCAACCGUGGAGUACACAGCUACUCCGUCAAGAAAAUCUAUAUUUCAAUACGGGGCCAAGAUCUCCGGUGAUUCCCGUGCUACACUACCGCCACUCGCUCACGAUUCGUGAAAGAGGCCGCGGCGGUCGGACGAGGCCCCUUAACCCGGUCCAGAGACAAGAGACUCGUGACGUGCGGAAACGGGGCGCUUGUCUCCGAUGUGUGAUCAUGAAGGAAAAGUGUGAUUGCAAGAGCCCUUGUAACAACUGCUUCACCAAAGACCGGCGAAAGUGCCCAAAGUACUGUAUUCCCAGUCGUUGCGACUGGGACGUGUGCAAAGUCAGCUUGUUCCCACAUGAAUUGACGUCCCGCCUACGAAAAGAGUAUCUGGUCCCCUAUCUUGCUAACACCACCAUUUGUGUUUCCCAUCGGCCUUUCUGGCUCCAGUUGGAGCUGCACAUCGGAAUCCCUUUAGACGUUUUGGUUAUGGAGUUUUCGCCUCCAGAACCAGAUUGGGAGACGCGCUACGCAUUCGAGACAUCUUACGAUUGUAACGGGGAAAAGACACUUGCCAGAGAUCAAAACUGGAAUCCACCAAUCGUCAUGUUCAUUUGUAACGGCGGGUUCGAAAAGACGGUAGCGCAAGUUCGCAGUAAACUAGUUGGGAUAUUUGACCAAGUGUUGAACGAUCCCCAGCGAUACGUUACGUGGACAGAGCAGUACUUUGAGGACGAGGAUGAAGCUUUCCAGUGCAACAUUCUCCGCCUUAUCGGCAGAUACUAUAGGGACGACAUAGCGGAACAUUCCAUUCUCAAGGAUUCUCUACAGCUUUUGUGGUUCGAGUAUCUACUUCUAAACAGAUUCGUCGUUCCAGCCGAGGCGGUAUCGGCUCUCCAAGACAAUCUCAGCUCAAAAGGACGAUAUGGUGCUGGUCAGUAUGCGCACGUCAUACCAGAGACGAUCAACCGCUUUCUGAAAGCGACGCUCCUCCCAGGGGCCGAGAGAGCUGCGGAGAGGCUCCUGAAAAGUCUCCACGACAUGAUGUUUAAAAUGGCUGUUAGCCAGAAAUCAUCCCAGAGUAGCAGGGAUUUGGUCUUGUGCAUGCUUUUCAUUUUGGUCAUAUACGUUGGCCGAGCCCAACUCGGCAUAUUUAUGAUUCCCCAAAUGCCGGGGAUGAAGGAAGAAACGGGGUGCUCCCAGGAACAAGCCGAGGCCAAGAUCGAAGAGAUGGAGCAAAGAGUGUGUGACUUCCUUUUGUCCUUCCACAAAUACGCCCUGAGCAGAACGUCUUCCAGGUCGUUGGCGGCAUCUGGUGAGCCUGAUUCUCCUAGUGAGCGUCACGCCCGAGCAUUUGGGUUGGAGAACAAAUUGCGGCACGAGAUUGAGGAGCACGUGAGCGAAAAACCCGAGAGGCUGGAGCCGGGCGAGUUUGACAUGAAUACGAUCCGGUACUUGAAUGUGCGGCGGUUAUGUUGGAAGGUGAUUGAGAACAUGAAGUAA